CAGCUGUUGGGCGACAUGCUUUCUGCUUCCUCUUGUUCCCGUGGUAUCCAAACAAUUUCCAAACGUGGUAAAUAAAAGCGCAUAUUUCCAGAGUUCAGACAAAGAAUAUUAUUAUUAUUAUUAUGCAUACGCAUAACCAGUUUAAGACCCCUUCCGAUGAAGACGAACUGGAUGAUUUGGACGAGGACAUGGUGGUGGGAGUCAUAGCGGAGAUCGAACAGGAGGUGCUGAACGAGUCGGACAGCGACAAUGACGAGUACGACCUGGUGGACAUGGGUGCUCCGGUGCCGGUAAACGAUGGCGACAGCAGUUAUGAUGGUAACGAGAGUAUCAGCAGCGACGACAGCUUCGACCCGAAUGCAGCGGACUCGGACUCAGAUAACUCGAUGCCGGAGGACGCGACAACUGGAGCCGCUGGAGGAGCCACUAGCGCCAAGCGUCGCAAGGACGAUGAUAACCCAUCGGGCAGCAAUAGGGAAUCAGAGGCCACCAUUUUCGACCUGGACGAGGAGGAUGAAACAGACGAGACUGUACGUGCCAUGAUAGCCGCCAUAAAGAAACCGCGCAGUGCCCCGCCAGAGAUCAAGCUGGAGGACUUCAUCACGGACAUCUGCUUCCAUCCGGACCGCGACAUCAUCGCCCUGGCCACCAUCAUCGGGGAUGUGCAUUUGUACGAGUAUGACAACGAGGCCAACAAGCUGCUGCGCACCAUCGAGGUCCAUUCCAAGGCCUGCCGCGACGUGGAGUUCACCGAGGAUGGACGAUUCCUGCUCACCUGCUCCAAGGACAAGUGCGUGAUGGUCACCGACAUGGAGACCGAGAAGCUGAAGAAGCUGUACGAGACGGCGCACGACGAUGCCAUCAACACGCUGCACGUGCUCAACGAAAAUCUCUUCGCCACUGGCGACGAUGCGGGCACGGUCAAGUUGUGGGAUCUGCGCACCAAGAACGCCGUUUUCGAGCUCAAGGAGCUGGAGGAUCAGGUCACCCAGCUGAUAACCAACGAUCAGAACAAGCUGCUGCUGGCCACCAGCGCUGAUGGCUACCUGACCACAUUUAACAUUGCUGCGCGCAAAAUGUAUGUGCAAUCGGAGCCGUACGAGGAGGAGCUGAGCUGCAUGGGCAUCUACCGCGGCGACUCCAAGCUGGUAGUGGGCACCUCCAAGGGGCGGCUAUACACCUACAACUGGGGCCAAUUCGGCUAUCACUGCGACAUGUAUCCGGGAAUCAAGAGCCCCAUCAGCCUAAUGAUUCCCAUUACGGACAGGAUAGCUUGCGUCGCCGGAGAGGAUGGAAACAUUCGGGCUUGCCACAUCGCACCGUACCGUAAUCUCGGCGUGGUGGGACAGCACAACAUGCCCAUCGAAUCCCUGGACGUGAACACCAACGGCGAGCUCCUUGCCUCAUCGUCGCACAAUAACGACGUGCGAUUCUGGAACGUGAAGUACUUCGAAGACUUUGGGGACAUUAAGUAUAACGACAAGCACAACGCAUACAAGGAAAAGCGUCACAAUCUGCCCUCCUCCAAGUGCACCAACACAUCGGACUUUUUCGCCGACCUGACCAAAGAGGAUGCCGAUGAUGACGAUGAUCCAGGUGCUGGACCCAGUAACACCGCCUAGAACGGAAUGCUUCCUAGCAAAGCUGUAUUCACUGGGUGGGGCAACUUAAAAUGAUACACAUUUAAGGACUACUUUUACCUGUUUACAUCAUUUAAAGAAAAAAACUUUAAAACUUCUUAACCGAACCAGAACUAAAGAUCCGGGAUUAUAUAUAGACAUUUAGAGAUUUAAAGCAAUUGUUUGUUUUAAAAAGUUCACCAAUACAUAUUUAUGCAAAUAGUAUGAAAACUUUCAUAGUAAAAUAUAAAAAAACUUGUAGAAUGUUUAAAA